AUGUCAACAAUUGAUUCGAGGGUAGCCCAUGUGCUGGACUCGGCCAAGGCCGAGGAAGAUGAUGAAGCACUCUUUGAUGCCCUAGAGGACGACACCGCCGCUCUCGACGCUUUUCGAGAGCAACGCAUGCAACAGCUCUCUUCGGAGCUUUCCCGCGCCAAAGAUAUGCGCAAUGAAUCCCAUGGUACAUAUACCGAAAUUAAAGACGAAAAGGCUUUGAUGGACAUUACCACUUCAUCAAAGCUGUGCGUGGUGCAUUUCUUCAAGCCCGAUUUUGGACGUUGUGGCAUCAUGGACGGUCAUCUAGAGGUAUUGGCACCUAAGCACUUCGAUACUCGGUUUUUGAAAAUCAACGUCGAUAAUGCGCCUUUCCUCGUGACAAAACUGAAAGUGAAGGUCUUGCCCUGCGUUAUAGCGUUCAUUGACGGUAUCGGCGUUGAUAGACUCAUUGGCUUUGAAGGCGUUAGCUUUGCUGGAGAUUCCUUUACAACAUCCGAACUUGAAGGCCGGUUGCUGAGCUCCGGCGUGCUUCUGAGAUCAAAGACCACGGGUGCAGAGACUACGGCAGACAGGCGGAACCUCCACAACAAUAAAGAUGAGGAAGAUGACGAUGACGACUGGGAUUAA